AUGCCUAUCUUACAAUUUUCUCUUUUCGUCCUUUAUUCCGGCCUCAAUCGUAUACUUCGUGUGUCUGAUUUUUCUUUUAUAGGUGUUGUUCUCAAAAAGGGGGCUCAGGCUAUACAGUCGUGUAAUACCUCAAUCAAGGAAGCACGCACUGUUGGCCUGUUUGCGGUUGAAAAAACCGAGGACUUAUAUAUGGUCCAGAGCGCAUUGAAACAAUGGACUAACGGGGGGUGUCUUUAUUUUCCCAGGAGUCGAGUCCUUGCAACCAUUUCUGAGCUAGGUGUUCUCACUGCUGGUGAGCCUAGCAAUCUCACUGAACUGGAUACCCGGCCUAUAUGGCGCCAUACCCGACCAAUGUUACCGCACGCAAAGUCUGGUUUUCACUCACUCGCAAUUAGAGCGGACUGCAGAGCCAUCCAGGUCGGCGUAGGAGACAGCUGCACGGCAUUAUCAGUACGAUGUGGUAUUCGCGGCAGCGAUUUCCUCAAAUUCAACUCUAUGACAAAUCUCUGCUCGACCCUAAUGCCAAAGCAGUGGGUUUGCUGUUCGGAAGGCACUCUUCCAGACAAGAGACCAAAGCCCCAACCUGACGGCACAUGUGCUACACAUACUGUCGUUGUCGGAGAUGGCUGCUUUGCCAUCGCUGACAACUAUGGGAUUACGGUAGACGAUAUAGACAAACUAAAUAGGGGGACCUGGGGCUGGUCCGGCUGUAACAGACUUCAGCCUGGCCAAGUUAUCUGUCUUAGUAAAGGAAAUACCCCUAUGCCAGCUGAAAUUGCUGGAGUUGAUUGCGGCCCGCAGAAACCCGGAACUAGGAAACCCUCUGGUGAAUUUGAUGGUUGGGAUCUAGCAAAGCUCAAUCCAUGCCCUUUGAAUGCAUGUUGCUCAGGCUGGGGCUUUUGUGGUAUAACCGCUGAAUUCUGCACCGAGUUCCCGGCUGAUACAGGUGCGCCUGGUUCUUUUAAACAUGGUACUAAUGGCUGUAUCUCCAAUUGCGGUACUGAAAUUGUGGGUAAUAAGACUCCGGGAGGUAGUUUUGCUCGGGUCGGUUACUUUCAGGCGUAUAACUUCAACCGGGACUGUUUAUACCUUGACGCUAGAAAGAUCGAGGAGAAUUUUAAAGACCUAACCCACGUGCAUUUUGCGUUUGCAGGUCUUACAGAGGACUUCAACAUCAAUAUUGGAGACAAUAUUAGGGAGCAAUUCGAUUUAUUCAAUUCGAUGAAGGCACCCUUCAAAAAGAUCUUAUCAGUGGGUGGAUGGGCCGAGUCAACGGAACCUGGAACUUACAGUCGCUAUCGGCAGGCUGUAAGCCCAAAGAAUCGGUAUAAAUUCGCUCAAAACGUUGUAAAGUUCCUUGAUAGCCAUAAUCUGGACGGCAUUGAUUUUGACUGGGAGUACCCUGGUGCCACGGACCAAGGAAUUCCGGCAUCAAACCCCUACGACGCAGAGAAUUAUUACAGAUUUCUUACGCAAUUACGAGUCCUUCUCGGAACCGCCCCAGGAUCACGAUCCCUUUCUAUUGCUAUUCCAGCGUCGUACUGGUACCUUAAACCCUUCCCAGUUCGUGCAAUUUCAGUGGUCGUUGAUUACUUCAUUUACAUGACGUAUGAUCUUCAUGGUCAGUGGGUUCUAGAUUACGGGAACAAGUUUGCAAACCCUGGGUGUCCGAAUGGGAAUUGCCUUCGUUCACAUAUUAACCGCACAGAAACAUAUAGCGCCCUUGCUAUGAUCACAAAGGCUGGUGUGGUACCUGAAAAGGUUUUUGUGGGUGUUUCUAGCUACGGGCGAAGCUUUCGAAUGUCAGACCCAAGUUGCACCGGCCCGCAGUGUACAUUUACUGGUGCUUAUGGGCAUUCAGAGGCAGAGCCAGGUCAAUGCACUGGCACGGGUGGUUAUAUUGCAAAUGCUGAACUUCAGAAAAUUCUUGAGUAUACCGAUAAAGGAGAAAAGGGCUUCGAGGCUAAGAAGUGGUAUGAUGCCGAGACGGACUCAGAUAUUAUGACCUGUAUGUUGAAAUACGGCACACGAGGUCAGGGCAUGACUGACUGGGUUGCAUAUAUGGAUGAUAAUACUAAAGCAAAGCGAAUUUCAUGGAUUCAAGGUCUGAAUAUGGGCGGAAUUAGCGACUGGGCCCUUGAUUUAGGGGAUUGGUUUACUGGAAUCAAGGAAAACGGAACCAUAGGUUGGACUGUUGAACCAGGUAAUCUCGACUGUGAUCCAAACGCAUGGCCCAAGACCCUCGAGGACUUAGACGCAAAUAUCGGCAAGGUGCCGAUACCUUGCCGUGGCAUGGCCCUGAUGGAUAUAUUAACUAAGGAGCUUGAAGGCGCGGUUGAUAAGUACAGGGAAAUUUCGUCUUCAGAUGAUUAUAAGCAAAGAUUUGAGUGGUACGCCGACUGGGUGAAGGACUCCAUCGAACCCCGUUUGAUGAAGUUCACGGCUUUAAAAACUGGCGAGGGUCUCAAAUACAUGGACUGUAAGUGGUCUACACCUUAUGCGAAGGGAGAAGGUCCUUGCACGGAAGUGAACCUUUACGACCCGGACCACGCCGACCCUGGAGGCCGCACUGUCGAAUAUACCGUGAGAGACGAGGAAGGAUUUUACAAUGCCCUCUUGAAAGACGCUGGCAUCAGUAAGGAGUGGAUUGAAUGGACAACAAUUACCGAGCCAGAUUACUGCCCCACCUGUCCUCCAAAGAAUGAGUUCUGCCCACCAAAACCUUGCGCCGACAACUACGUGAAGUAUGUGAAUGUGCCCAGCCGCAUUCUGGAUAAGAGUAAGAUCAAAGUUGAGGACCCUAAGGAACUGAUUGAUAAAGCGAUUCCUCAUAUAGACGAUGUGUUGGACCUUGCAUAUAUCACAUCCUAUGAGCUGAAUAUGGGGAUCUUAGAUGCUGACAUUACCGACGUUAUCACAUCCCUCAGCAUGCCUGUUUUUAUGCUGCAAGACGCUUCCAAAUCGAUCGAGGAAAUCAAAAAGAUUGGCAAAGAGCAUCAUGAUACGAAGAAGAAGGAGCUUAUCCUUAACAUUCUAUCCAUUGUUUUUUCGAUUAUACCUUUUGUGGGAUUUGCAGGACAGGCAGCUGGCAUCGCUACCAGGUUUGCUACGGCCGCCCUUAUCAUUGGUGAGAUCGGCAACGCUGCUCUUUCGGUCGUUGAUAUUGUCGACAACCCGGCGGCAGCUCCUUUUGCCAUUCUUGGUCUACUGAUCGGGGUUGAAGGUGUCCAGGUCAAGGGGGCACGUGAAGCAUUCAAAAAGGCGGCAAAUGUGCGUCGUGCACUCAAGGCUGAUGGCCUUAAGAGCUUCUCGCAAGAAUUCGUGCGCAAGGAUAGCCUCGUCCAAGGGCUACUCAAGAAAUGUUUCAAGUAGUAUGGUGAUACUCUAGCUUGCACUGACUUCGGUAUUUAGCUCUGCACUUUAUAUAUAUAUGCGCGGCGCUGGCAGGAGAAUCGACCGGUAAAGAAUUAGUAUUCUAUAUUGUGUUUUGUCUACAUCGCCAAAAAUGGUUCAGGAAUCGUUCAGGAGUCGUUUAGGGGAGGUCGAGAUAGAUGAAUAUGUUAUAAAAGCAGAAUAGUAAUAUCAUCUAUCCACUCCGAUAAGUUUACUUACGUACUCCGUAGCUAAUCAUGACCAUGAUAGGAGGUAGUAAUAUGAUCUGUAUGAUUGUGCCGCCUCAAAUAAUGAUGCAUUUGCUGCGCGGCGAAUUCGGGUGGCUUCACGUACGGUAUAUUCAGGGGGUAAGCAAUAACUAUUUAACGAACAAACAAAAAAAAAUACAUACGACAGUCGGGAUUCGCUGGUGGUCACCCACCCAACUACUAACCGACCGGCAAGUGGCUUAAGUACAGCUGAGCGGACGGGAAGCUCUGUUUUCCACUUCCUGUGGUCGUAUGUGUUUGACACAUAGACGAGCAGAGUUUUAUGCUGCAGGUUCAGGGGUAAGGGGCUAUUUAUGGGUCACAUGAUAAAGCCCACAUUUAUUCACGUCAUGUGAUAUACCGGUGAAUGGAUACCUGCUUUAGGCCUAGCUUGCGUUAUUCCGAUGCUUACUCAUGGCGGCUCAUCUUCGCACAGUGAAGGGAAAGCCAGUGAAGUAAACACAGUGAAGAUACGGAGAGGUGAAUGCGGCACAGAGUAAGCCCUAUAAAUAUGGCUGAUUCUUCAGCUUCGAUUUCAGGUUCUCACUCCUCCUCACAACCUCCGUUGCGUGUCAAACGUUCCAAAAGAGCGAACCCACAUUAAUGGUAGGCAGGUUUAGUUACUUGGACGCAUGCAUGGGGUGUUCCCACCCUCGGGUUGACUUGAUGCAGUUACGCACUGCGCAUGGUUAGCCUACCUCGGAAGCUUUGAUACCCACAGAGCAACUAAAGCGAUCCUCAUAGCUCGAAAUCCUCUUUAACACUGCCAGGUCAUAAACCAACGCUUGUCCUUCUGAUGUCGAUGGCUCGUCUGAGUUGACGUCUACGACGGCAUUUAAGGGUGACUUCAUGCCGUUAGGGUCGAGCCAACAAUUGGUAGCAUGUCACUUGCCAGAUAAUCUGAUACCGUACCAUCCCGCGUUUUCUCAGCCUGGUUUCUCCUUCAUUAUAAGAAUAACAUUUCCAACCGAUGUACCUCGGUGGACGCUAAUGGAAGGGCGUUGGCGGCACCUCUGAACCUACAUGUUCCAAGGCUUAUUCUCUCCCGCAAAUUCCAGCCAUAUUACAAUAGCUAACUAGCAUUCCGACUAUUUGGUUGUUUAAUUACCAUGUUAAGAGUUUUACUCUAUAAGUGUGGAAAUAAGGCUCGAACUUGCAGCGAACAUCAACAGACGCAGCAACACAAUGGCCACCAUCAUCAUUCCCACCACAUUUUGCUACCUUUUUAACUCUUCGGCACCAUGUUCCCUGCAGGCCU